AUGAAUAUUCUUAUAAUAUUUAUGUUGAUUAUUGCUAUGCUUCUAGGGGUGAGUGAAGCAGUUUUUAAGUGCCCGAAGAACCAACUAAUUAUUCGAAAUGAACUUGGUCCUGCUAGAAGUCUACAGUAUCAUUGUCGUUAUUUUAGAAAUAAUGAAGGCGCCAAGUUUUUAAAAUUCAAAGAACAAAGGAUUUUUGAAUUCGCCGGCGGCAAUUCUGCAGCACCUGGAAGUAGGAUAAUAGAAAGGAUAAAAGUGAUUUGUGUUUUGAGACAAGGGUUGUGGAUGGAGAAUUCUUCUCGAGACUUUGAAGCAUACAUAGGAACUGAUGAACAUCCUUGUGGACAGGUUCAUGAAUGGAUUGCAAGAAGUGAUGGAGUUUACUCUCAAAGAAACAGAAUCAAACCAGCAAAGUUAACGUUUCCUUGGAUUAAAAACCCUAAAUAA